GCGCCGCCGCCCGGCCCGUGCUCUGAAAAUCGUCGUAGUACUCUAGUACAGUAGUAGAUAAUAGUAGUAGUGCUCAAUAAUCGGCACGGAGCAGCAUCAGGCGCCAACAUGCAAGCGGUUGGCACUUUUCAUAUCAUCAUACAAGAGCUAGCUAUACCCAUAUCCAGUCAGACUACUCUGUACCAUGUUUGUACACACAUGUCACGUACACAAGGGCGUUAUUUUGUAGUUCACUGUGUGUGAAGGAUUGAACCGUUGUGACUACACAUCAUGGACACUAGUUAAAACAUAUACGAUGUACUCUACUUUCCUCUCUCUGCCACGAUAUGACUGAAGAGGCAGUCAAUGUGUCACCAUUCCGCAUGAACUGUAGCAAGUGAAUCGCGUUCUUCGUUCAAAUUAUGUAUGGUUGGCUGAAACAAAUUGUCGUGUUGUGGUUUUCUGCCUUACUUAGUCUCAUCAUCAUCUCAUGUCUCUAGUCUAUUCUAGUCUCUUUACACAUGUUAUUGCAUGCAUUGUUACCAGUGCAGCUACGUACGUACGCGCUCUUCCAACUGCAUGCCGAAGCCGACCCCACCCGCAUACUAAUUUGUUGUUGCUUCAAAAGUGUAUUGUAGGUGAGAUUUUCAAGGGCAUUGGACUUUGCCAGCUAUACCAUUACGACCAUCAUGCCGUUUACAAAGGAGGAAAAGGCCAAGUUGAAGGCUGAACGAUUUCGAGCUGAAUUAGCCGAAGUGAACAACGAAUAUGAUGAAGGGGAAGUACCGGUACAGGAUGAUACAAAUGCAGACGGGAAUGGUUCUGAAGGAUUCAAGCAUUGCUGUGCACCUUUUGGUUGUAACAUUGGUCAAAUGGUGAAUAUUCAAGACCCAGAUGACGUUGAAAAAGUGGUGUGUAAUAAUGCUGAUUGCACUUAUGGUGUGUACAUGCACAAAACUUGCUUCCAGCAAUGGGAAGAUGAAGUUCUUACCUUCUUGCGUUCAUCUGGACGAGCUCGAAGCUGGUCUGAAAAACAAAGGCGACAGAACCUCUGGACUAAAAAAGGUUACGAUUUGGCAUGGAAGGCAUGUUCAUGCCAAUGUGCUAAAGGGCACUUGCGGAAGGAUCUAGACUGGAUUCCUCCAAAGAAAUUGCUUGCUGAGAAUGAGGAAGGUCAGCAUCGUAAGCAACGACGCCGUAAAAAAUCUAGUGACAAACCAAGUAUUGGUAAAGCAACAACCCUUCCUCCAUCUUCACACACAGGAAGUGGACAUGUUAGACACCGUCAUGCAUCUGCCUCAUCCAGCGAGAAUCACACCCCACCACAAAGCCCAGUUGUGAGAAGUAACAGUCUUUCCUCACCGAACCAGUCCCCUCGCACUAGUGGAAGUUCAUUGUCUACGAGCUAUAAUAGUAAUCAUCAUGGCCUUGAAAAUCUAAGUCAACAAGAACAAAGCAAGCAGCAGUCUGGGGUUUCAUUUGAAUGGCCAUCAUCACCUGGACAGUUCAGCAGUGGUGAUUGUAUGUUUAGUGCUAGCAGUAAUUCCAGAGGAGAACAAAAUCAACCAGUAGGAGGUUUUGGGAUUUUAUUACCAGGAAAAAAGCAAUUGCAUAAUGAAGAAAAAAAUGGACAAAAACUAAACUCUCGCAAAUGUCAUAAAAUGCCUGACGCUUAUGACGCAACUUAUGCACGUACUCUGAUGAUACCAUUUAUACAUCGGAUAGAUCUUUCUACAUUCGUCAAAUUAUUGCCACCCCAGAAAUGUAACCCAUAUCAUAUAAAAAUGGAUGAUGACAGUGGACCAGAUAAUGAUGAAGUAAGGGGCUUUAUAUUUAAUGCUCUAACCACACAUGGUGUUACAGCCGUGGUUUGUUCCUUGUGUCAGAACAGUUUGCCAGUCUUUGAUUGUUAUCCUCUUAUUGAUGGAACAUUCUAUUUGACACCCCUAAAUCACAGUGAUGUGACUCUAAGUCUGGUUCUAAAUGGUCGUGUCCAGUAUCUUGGUGCUGUUUGCAUGCAGUGUUUGGAAGGAGUCAAGCGUAUCGUGUGCCGUACAUGUAAAUCACGUUGGGAUGGGAGCCACCACCAACUCGGCACACUCUACUCUUACGACAUAUUUGCAGCUUCUCCAUGUUGCUCGGAUCGUGUCAGCUGCAAAAAAUGUGGAAAGCCAGUAGUUGACCCUACUCGAGGGACCCACUUCUUCAGUGACUAUUCCCAGAACGUUCAAUGUCCUCAUUGCGGUGUACCUGAUUUCCACUUUGUCAAACCACUUAGCAGCUACGAGGUUCUUCUGCAUGAAUUUAACAGGUGUUGAUGUUGAAUACAAACUAAUUCAAACUUUAAAGGAUUUGGAUACUUUUUCUAAAUGUCCACAGAUUUGCAUUAAAUUUAAAUUUACAGGGUCUGA